GGAACGCUGAACGCCGUCCUCAAGUCAGAGACAGACAUGGAGACUUUAACUGUAACACAAAGGCUCUUACACACAGGAUCUGAUAACAGGUCAGAUCCAGAGAGACUGGGGCAGGAAAGGCUGGGCUGUCCUACUGCUCCCGGCUCAGAGUAUUUACUUUACCGUAUUCCGAGUUUGAGGAAGGUUAAUUCCUAUCGGGACAGAUGACUCGUUAGAGACUGGCAAUGAUCUGUCUUCUUCUUACCCUACAGAGAUGGGUUUAGAGAGACAAACUGAUCUGUCUAGAGGGGACUGGAACCGGUACAGUAGUAGUGUACACUCUGAAGGUUGCCUAGAUAAGCAAGGGGAGGUUAUAGAUGAGGUGACUGUGAAAGUGGAGGGCGAUGCUCCUCUGACAUGGAAUGUAGACAAGACUCACUUAGGAGAACAACACUCACAAGGCAGAUAUUUCUUAGAUUACAGGGAAAGCUUAGAGACAAAUCCAAAUGUCGUGACCCACUCCCCUUUACAGGCGGUCAGAAAUCGCAACACAGUGUCCAUGUCGAUGAGGCAUUCCGAUUCACACAGCGGUGUCCUUUUCGAUCAGGUAUUGAACUCAAUCGACAGUGCUAGAGCCCAGGUUCAGGGAGGGGGAGCCACAUCAGGCAAUAGUAAAGAGAAACAGUUCCUCUGCAUGUUCUGUAACAAAGGCUUCAGCUGCCCCCAGAAGGCGGAGAUCCACAAGAGGGUCCACACAGGGGUGAAAUCCUUCAGCUGUACCCAGUGUCAUAUGCGCUUUGCCCAGUGCGGCAACCUGAAGAGGCACCAGAGGGUCCACACAGGGGAGAAACCCUUCAGCUGUACCCAAUGUCAAAUGCGCUUUGCCCAGGCUGGCCACUUGAAGCGGCACCAGAGGGUCCACACAGGGGAGAAACCCUACAGCUGCCCCCAGUGUGAGAAGAGGUUCUCCCACCAGCACCAUCUGAAGAUGCACCUGAAUGUCCAUACGGGAGAGAGGCCAUUCAGAGAGUAACUACCUUAGGAUACACCAGCAGAAAAAACAUUCCACUCUGUAACAUAGAAAGUAACCAUUCCACUCUAUAGCUUCUGAUGUUUAGAUACAAUUUAAAGAGAAAGAUGAAUUUUCAUUGUUGUCAGCAUACAAAUAUCCAGAGAUGCAUUAGGAAUAACGAGAGUAACAGAUUUCAGUGUAGAAUGUUCCUGCGUAGAAUAUUGCAUCCAGGCAUUGUGUGAUUUAUAAGGCAUAUAGAAGCCUAAAAAGUCUGUUACAAAUUGUGUUUGUACUCUGUAGGCAAUAUGAUGUUCACAAAUGUCUAUUUCAUUACUUACAUUUAACUACUUUAUUAUUUUAACAAAUAAGUUUUAAAUACACCAUAUGAAAACCACAGACACAUCUCAAUCAGCAUGAUAAUGUGAUAAACUGGGGGAAAAAUGUACACAAAAUGGGACUUUUAAUUCUAAGACUUUCAUUGAGACUGUCUUUAGUAUAUAUUACAUCUGAUCUUACCCUAUUCUGCAUACACCCCCAGCGCUUUAAAACCAAUGUGAUGGGGUCAUUGCUGCCGGCUCACCUUCCAGUCACCACAAUCGCUAGUCCUUCCUCCUUCAAGGCACUCCGAAUCAGAAUCACCUUUAUUCGCCAAAUACAUUUGCAUGUACAGGAAUUAUGGAAGCCCUGAAACCCAAGCUGAAAAAAAUAUAUUAAAAUUUGACUCUU